AUGAAUUAUAUUUGAUAUUUUAUUUUUGCAAGCUUUGCCUAUUGCCAGAUAAAAAUAAAAAUCUUCUAUAGCUCCGAUACUGAUUCCACACUGGUUUCAACAAUUUCCGAUUUACUACAACAAAAUUACAUCAAUCAAGUUGAAACAAAACUUAUUAAUUUAAGCCUAAAUCCUAUAUGGCUUACCUCAGAAGAAAUAUUUCAUAUGGCGAUUGACUUGACUUUUACUAUAUCUUUAUCUAAUCUGAUAAAGCAAUAUGCCUCCCAAAAUAAAAUAAUCAUGAUUUCUCUUCAAGACUCUCCCUCAUUUAGCAGCUGAGAGUUUUUCAUUCAUCCUCCAGAAGAGGCCCAAACUAAUGCCCUUUCAGCUCUCAUCUCUUAUCUAAAUUGAGAAAAAAUAGUUGUUCUCGCUGACUCUGAUUGAACAAAAUUUAAUAAAGCUCUUCCAAGUGCAAAUAUUAAAAACUUUUUUUUCCCUAGUAACGGAGAUCAAAAAUUAGCUGAAAUUGUGAUUAAAAAAGAAAUCAAGCCUACAGGAAUAAAAAAUAUUGUGAUUUUAAAUAAACGCGAAGAUGCUAAUUUUCUUGUAAAAAGUAUAAAAAAUGCAAAUCUAUUUAGUUUGGGAACUGGGAUAAUACUAGGGACUAAAAGCUGAUAUAAUGCAACUGAAACUGGGCUAUUUGGGAUAGUUGAAUUGGGACUAGAAAAUGCAACAGAUUCUUAUAGCUAUGAUGCGCUAGGAGUUGAAAAAAUAAUAAAUAUUGUACUUAAUUGCAGACAAUGCUCAGAUAUUCAUGAUAUUAGAAGUUAUUUAGAAAAAAAUACGAUAAAUCAUAGGCCAAUAUCAAAUUUCACAGUUUUAAAUGUCAAAUAUAGUGAAAAAACAAAAGUGGGGUAUAUUUAUGAUCAACAGAUAGUUAUUUCCGAAGCCCUAGUUUUUAUUGGAAAUUCAUCUGUAAUCCCAAAUUCUCCUUAUACAAAUAUAACAAUUUCUAUAUCAGAUGGUGUCACAAAUCCAGGAUAUAGUAAUAGCUCAUACUCAGAUAAGAUUAAAGGAGGAGCAAUAUAUGCAUUAAUGUAUGCAAAAAAUAAUAAUUUUAUUGACGGCUUUGAAAUUUUGGUUACCCAUACAGACUGUGGCGCUGAAGUUUAUUAUCCAAAAUUUUCUCUUAGCUGUUUUACUAAGCUAAAAAACAGCCUUGGCGUUGGACUUCUAACUACACCUUACCUGCCUACAGUAAUUGGGAACAUAAAUUCGUUGCGAGCUCUAAAUAUUUCAAUUCCACAAAUUUCCGAAAUCGCAACUUCCCCAAUUUUGAUGAAUAAAACCACUUAUCCUGAAUUUAUGAGGAUGACCAAAGACAACCGUUAUAACUUUGCUGGCUUUUUGAACCUUUUCGCGAUUUUUCAAUGAAAAAAAUUUAUUAUUGUAUAUGACCAAACACCUUCACAAAUUGUUUCUUAUCAGUUUCUUUUAUCAAGCAUAAACCAAACAGGCUUUGAAAUUGUAAAUGCUCCAGAUAAAAGAGAAGUUAAGCAAAAUUAUAACCAUAGCGAUUACUCUACAUAUAAGCCGUGAAUGGAAGAGUUUUUGGAGUCAAAAGUAAGGAUUUUUCUUCUUUUAAUGAUCCCUCCAGCACAGCUUUAUUUUGUUGAAGAUUUAUAUAAUGCAGGUUUCAGAAGGGGAGAUAUAAUUUUAUUUGUGUAUAGCAGAUCGACUAGUGCUUUUGCCUAUGAGCCUGAUCCUGCACAAAUGAAGAAAUUGGAAGAGCUAUAUUAUGGAACAAUCACAAUGGAUCAAGCAGAAUGAGUUGGGGAGUAUGGGGGAAAAAUAAAGCAAGGCUAUGAAAAAGCAUUUUCUGUAAGCAACACUGCUUAUCGUUGCUUUUCGUUUGACACGGCUAUGCUUUUAUUGAAUGGAAUUAAAUAUACAAUCGACCAAGGAGGAAAUGUUGAAGAUUUCGCAACUCUGAACGCUAACUUAAGGAUGCAGAGGUUUAUAGGAUGCUCACUCUUCCGUAGCGGACAAAAACAUUUUGUUCACUAAUGGAGGGGGAUUUAUUUUUUUUAAAAAAAAUUAUAUAUAAAUUUUUAUAAAUCCAAUUUGCAAAAAUUAGUAAAUAAAUAUUAAUUUGUAAAAUUUAUGUUAUAAAAUGCAAUUUGGUUAAAAUUAAACCGAAUUAGCUAGAGAUUUCAUUAUACUAAUUAUCACUUGUAUAUUAAAAUUUUUUUGUUUGUUCAUGGAGAAAGGGUUUUUUGAGCAUAAAUAGGGAUUUUUCCAAUGCUUUUGUUCGCUCACGAAGGGGGGAGUCAGGAACUGUAUCAAUUGACAAGGAUUCAAAUGAUAGAAGUACAGCAGUUAUUGGGAUUUAUAAUAUCAGGUGAAGUGAAAAUAGUUUAUAUAAUUAUCAAAUAGGGACUUAUGAUCUAAGCAGCCAACAGUUAUUUACUUUUACUGAUAAUAUUAUCUGAUAUGACAACUCUUCAAAUAUUCCAAGCGAUUUAAUUGCUUAUUCUUGUGAUUUUGACCCAAAAAGUGUUGAAUUUUCGAUGAAUGGGGCAAGUUUUCUUUAUAUUGUGGACUCAUGCGUGCUGAUUAGCGUUUUUAUUGCUCUUUUUAUAAUAAAACAAUAUUGGUAUCAUAUAAUGAUAAAGCCACUAGUGUCUUCAAGAGAAGCUAUAUUUGGAGACUACCUCGCCUAUCUCAUAAUUUUUAUAGAUUUCCUCCAAUUUCUCUUCUUAGGCCCAGAUUUCAGCGCCUACGACAAAUAUUUAACUCAACUAGUUAAAAUCUCUAUGUUUCGAUUUGACUGAGAAUCUUCUAAGGACAUGUAUUUAAUAUAUUUUUACAUCAGUUUUGCAUUGUCUUUUAUUGUCAUAUUUUUUAGCACCAGAAAUCUAUGAAAUUGUUGGGGAAGAUUCAAAAUAUCUUUUUGCGAUAUUUAUGAGAAACUGCCUGAAUGACUAAUUCCUUUUGUUGGAAAUAUAUGCUACAUGCCUAUACUUUUUACGCUAUUAGGAGUAUUUCAAUGUGACCAAAGCAUAGGAAAUGAGAUUACAGAUAGCUUUAUGAGGCAAGAUUGUGAAAUAUUUUGUUGAAAAGGCUAUCAUAUAACAUUAGUAGUCCUUGCAAUCAUUACGCUAAUUCUUUAUUUACCUGUUGCAAUGAAUUUAAAAUUAUAUUGUGACGCUAUAAAUGUGCAUUCAAAUAUACAAGUUUGACCUACUUUUUUACUCGAAAAGCGAGUACUUCAAACAAUUGUGAUCGCGCUAAACAAUAUCCUGCUAGUCCAUUAUCCAUCACUAUAUGGACUCAUAUAUAUUCUAUUGAUAAUUUGCUUUAUCAUUUUUACAAAAUUGAAGCGGAAGCAAUAUAACUACAGUAGAUGCAAUCUUUGACUAAUGGUUUCAUAUAUAGCUGUUAUUUGAAACAUAGGGAUAUCCUCAAUAUAUAAGCUUUCUGAUGAUGGAUUUUUGGAGAAAUGAGCUUCCCUUCAAUAUGGAGGAUGAUUUUUCUUAAUUUAAUCUAUAUUAAAAGAAUCAAUAUAAAAUAAUUUUUACUAGUCUAUUCUAAUAAAAAUUAGACGAUUUUUAUUUUUGUUAUAAAAAGGAGAGAUAUUGAUUAUUGCAAUGUUAAUUCAGAAUUAUUAUUGCCCCUCUCUCCUUUAUUCAGAGGACCCUCCAGACAUUGCUCUUUUUUUUAGGUUUUCAUUAGGCAAAUCAAUAAAAGCAAUCCAAAUAAAUCAAUUGAAUAGAGAAAGAAAUAGCAGAUCUCAAUUUUCUAUUUCUCAAACGACAGUCAAAAUUUAA